CCUCCUCCCACUUCUCCUUCUCGUCUCUCAGACCAUCUCUUCCAAAAUUGCAGACAUCCCAUCCGCAGUCACGAUGACCCACGGCGACAACUCAACCAUCCCAACGUCUGCACUGCACCCGAUCGAUGCAUUGCGGAUUGCCGUGGAAAAUAACGAUACAUCAAUGGUCCAAAGCCUCCUGGCUGCCGGUGGCCAGCCGAGACCGUUCGAAUUCCUUAACGCCGUGGAACAGGCUUCAUAUCCCAUUCUCGAACUAAUGCUGCAGCAUGGUUACGAUCCGAAUCAAGCUUGGCGAUGUGAUUAUCCUCCACCUCUUGCUGAUGCAUUGUUUGACCCUGAGCUUGUGCGAUGGCUCGUCAAACACGGUGCCGAUCCGAACGCUCGAUGUACAUUUGACAUGACACCUCUUUCGAUUGCUGCCAUAUCUGCUCCGAAAGAGAUCAUCGAGCUCUUGUUCGAGCUUGGUGCAUCAGUGGAUUUCGGGCAGCCACUCCAUUAUGCUGUUCAGCAGGGGCGUUCCGAUGAUGUGAUUGCUCUACUGCUAGAGAAAGGGUCAGACAUCAAUGCUAUCAUGUUUGAAAGCCACGACCUCUCAUACUGUCAAUUGAGUGUGCUGGGACUCGGAACGCCUCUCCAUGAAGCAGCACGCGCUAACAAUGAGAGACUGUGCCGGUUCCUCCUGUUGCAUGGAGCCAAACCAGGCAUCAGAGAUACUCUGGGAAAUCUACCAAAAAUCAACGGUUCUGCACUGGCAUGUGCUAUGUGAUGUCGUUUGGUAUCAAAAGAUUGAGCCUCGCAGACUGGGCCAGGAGAAGCGGAUGACAUUCGUUGCAGUUGGAAAAAUUCUUGAGCGCGGAAGAUCUGGGCCUUCGGACUUGGGAAACAUCUUUCUCCCUGCCAUUCAAUACCCUCGGUUGUUACGAAUCGGUCCACCAGGGUAGCACAGAAGGUCGGAGAAUUUUUACCAAGUGUGAAGUGCAAAGAGGAUAUGGCAGUGAGACUGCGUAUGGAGCGAGUCGGUACACGAGAGAAAUUGAUCGAUCCCCUGACAUGUAUCGAUAUGAUUGUGAAGAAGUUGACUAUAUAGCAAAGCUAUGUGUUUGGUUGUG